UAUUUCUGCCAGAUUUUCCCUUCUGAGUUAAACAGAUCUCUCUGAACUGAACCCACUUCCGCCAUCACACAAGAUGGCGUCUUUGGCCCUCACCUCCUCCAUCAACCUCCAUCUCAGGCCAACCCCAUCUCAUAAACCCCUUCAAUUCACUCAAACAUCACAAAACCCCCCAUCAAGUUUGUCUUCUUCAUUCAAGAACCCCUUCAAUCUUGGAAAAAGGUCAAAUCUUGAAAACCCCAGAAGCAUAAUUGUAAGGGCCUCAUCAUCUUCAUUCAAGAACCCCAUAAAUCUUGAAAAAAAAUGGAAUCUUGGAAAACAAUGGAAUCUUGGAAAACCAAGAAGUGUAAUUGUAAAGGCUUCAACUUCAUCAACUGCAAUAGUUCCACCACAACAACCAUGGCAAGGUGCUGCUAUGAAGCCAUUGAUUGCAUCUAUAGCCACUGGAAUUAUUAUUUGGUUUAUUCCAGCACCUACUGGUGUGACAAAAAAUGCAUGGCAAUUGUUAGCUAUCUUUCUUGCUACAAUUGUUGGGAUUAUUACACAACCUUUACCACUUGGUGCUGUUGCGCUUAUGGGACUUGGUGCUUGUGUAUUAACUAAAACACUUACAUUUGCUGCUGCAUUUUCAGCUUUUGGUGAUCCAAUUCCAUGGUUAAUUGCACUUGCAUUUUUCUUUGCUAGAGGAUUUAUUAAAACAGGAUUAGGAAACAGGAUUGCUUAUCAGUUUGUUUCAUUGUUUGGUAGUUCUUCAUUGGGGUUAGGUUAUAGCUUAGUUUUCAGUGAAGCACUUCUAGCACCUGCUAUACCAUCAGUUUCUGCAAGAGCUGGUGGGAUUUUUUUACCAUUAGUUAAGUCACUUUGCGUCGCUUGUGGAAGUAAUGCAGGUGAUGGAACAGAACAUAAGUUAGGAUCGUGGUUGAUGCUUACUUGUUUUCAAACAUCUGUUAUUUCAUCAUCCAUGUUCUUGACAGCUAUGGCUGCUAAUCCGUUGAGCGCAAAUUUGACGCUUAGUACUAUUAAUCAGACAAUUGGUUGGAUGGAUUGGGCUAAAGCAGCUAUAGUUCCUGGUUUGGUGUCUUUGAUUGUGGUUCCAUUGUUGUUGUAUGUAAUUUAUCCACCUUCUGUGAAGAGUAGUCCUGAUGCUCCUAGGUUGGCUAAGGAGAAGUUGGAGAAGAUGGGACCAAUGUCUAAGAAUGAGAUUAUUAUGGCUGGAACUCUGCUUCUUACGGUUGGACUUUGGAUUUUUGGUAGUACAUUAAAGGUUGAUGCUGUUACUGCAGCAAUUCUUGGACUAUCUGUACUCCUUAUAACUGGGGUUGUCACAUGGAAGGAGUGCUUGGGUGAGGCAGUUGCUUGGGACACCCUUACUUGGUUUGCUGCACUGAUUGCAAUGGCUGGUUAUCUAAACAAAUAUGGUCUCAUCUCUUGGUUUAGUGAGACAGUGGUCAAGGUUGUUGGUGGAUUAGGUCUUUCAUGGCAGUUGUCGUUCGGAAUUCUUGUUCUUCUGUACUUCUACUCCCACUACUUCUUCGCAAGUGGAGCUGCUCAUAUCGGAGCAAUGUUCACAGCAUUCUUAUCUGUUGCUAGUGCCUUAGGUACUCCACCAUACUUGGGAGCGUUGGUUCUCUCAUUCCUCUCGAACCUUAUGGGUGGAAUCACCCACUACGGAAUUGGAUCUGCACCUGUAUUCUACGGUGCAAACUAUGUUCCCCUUGCUAAAUGGUGGGGAUACGGGUUCGUAUGUUCUGUCGUCAACCUUAUUAUCUGGCUUGGUGUCGGAGGAAUUUGGUGGAAGGCUAUCGGCUUGUGGUAGAGUUGCUGGUUAAGAUGACAGCAUCUGAUUACAGUAGUUAAUGAUACCUAUUACAAGCUCCUCAUAUGAUCUUGACGAGGACUGUUUAAGAUUAGUGUUCUAUUCUUUUCUUGAAAUAAGUUUUGGUUAUUUUUUGGUGGAGACUUGUGGAGUUAAAGAAUGGUAGUAUAUAAAUUAGGUCCAUUUGUAGCUGAAGUUCAGGUUUUUUUGACAUUGAAACUUCAAAUUGUAAGAGCUGAGUGAUUAGCUGACUUCAAUUCUUUUUACAUCUAUUGCUCACCACUUUGCUGA